GAUUCUUAGUGCAACAAACCCUAAAAAGAAAAAUUGAAUUUCAUGUCGAAAUUGGUUUAACUGGAGUUGUAGGGGAAAUAUUCAUUGCUCCACUCCCAACCUCACAAACAGCUCCAGAUUUUACAGUUCUUGAGUCACUCUUCACCUGUGUUUCAGCUUUACUAUCAACUAUAUACCAUGAAGAGGCCAAUCCCGUGGAGUGACCAUGUUGAUAUUGAUGUUGAUGUUAUAUCAUCAGAUGAGUCUUCUCCUUCAGACUCAGAUGUAAAUGUCAGUAACUUUCAAGCUCCAGCUCCCAAAGAAAUGACAUCUGAAGAAGAUUCAGUGAUCAAAAGGGCUGAGAUGUAUCAGGAAUACAUGAAACAAAUCCCAAUUCCAACUAAACGAGGCUCUGUUAUUCCAUUUAUCACAUGGAUGGGAUUAGGAAAAUCCAUCAAGCAGCUAUAUAGACAGCCUUUACAUUACCUCACCAAUGUUCAACUAAAGCAAUGGGAUCGACUGAGGGUUGACAAUGAGGAUGAAGACAAGCCCUUAGAUACCAUUAUUCAUCCUUGUAAAGCUGAAGCCACUGUUUGGCUCCUUGAGGAAGUUCAUCGGCGAACAGUGUCUCAUUAUCAUGUAGCUAAGCUCUGGCAAUCAGAUCCAUUGCACCAUGCAUUUGUUGAUUCCAUUUUCCCCCAGUUGUGAAAAAUAUCAUGUCUUUAGUUGUAACUGGCCUUUUGCCCUUGGUUUGCAGAUUUUGGUCUUAAAACUGAUUGAUGAAUUUUGGGAUGAAAUAAAAGCCAGUAGUGUUAUUUUC